AUGGAAGAGGUGCUCGGCAGAGUACCUCCCUCUAGCGAGGAAACUUCCUCACUCGCAGCAGAGACUCGGCUCCUCCGGAAACAAACAGAGGAGCUGGUGAAGGAGAUCCGUUUGCUCCGGGAGUCACUGCAGAGAAAAGCCACGCCGGCUGCAAGCCCAAAGAAAGCGGGUGCUGUCAACCCGGCACCAGCAGUGGCGCCAGCUCCGCCUGUGCCAGCGCCUGCGCCAGCGCCUGUGCCCGUGCCUCCACCAGCACCAGCGGCACCUCCGGUUAGCGCAGCACCAAGCCCUCCACCAGUCUCAGCCCCGUCAGCGGUGCCAGUUGCAGAGCCAGUCAGCUCUACAACUGCCAAAGUAGUUAGCGCUGGCUGGGGCGACGGAAAUACUGCAGAUUUCUUCCUGAACGAUCGCAAGAUCGACAUCAGGGGUGAGGCCGGCAGACGAGGGUUGAAUGUCGUGACCAUCGACCCAGACACGCAGCAGGUCAUGUCGCGAAAAACCUACGAUGUCUGGGCCGACCCGCAGACGGAGAACACUCGCUUAGCAGCGGAUAUCAAUAGCAUGCCCGACGGCCGUGUCAUCCUGGUAGCAUGCAAGGACUCCGGCAUGGAAAACCUGGAUGCGCGGGCCAUCGCAGCUCUUUGGAGUGCAGGUGCCACCAUACCUGGCGGCAAAGAGCGGGAAGGCUACGCCCUGAUAGGCAUCAAGGGAAGUGACGCCCUGGCUGAAGAGCAAGGUGGCCGAGUUGAGAUAGAGGGCCAGUUGCCCUUUUUCGUGCGGCACCCUCCUCCUCUUCCACCUAGCUCGCCAUCCCCACCGCCAAUUCCUGUGGCGCAGCAGCCGCAGGAGUUCAGCCCUCCAACCUGGGCCAAGGAGCCCGCAGCUCCCAAGCCGCCAAGCACCUUCCCUACAGCACCUCCCACAGCAGAGCCCACGCAGAAGGUGCGAGUACCAAAGCUGCAGGUAGAUCCCCAGGGUGGUGUUACAUACCAAGAUGAGACGGUGGAACGAGACGGCAAGCCCGAAGAACAAGGCCAAAGCUGGCAGGAGGUGGUGCUGAUGCUGGACAAGCUGCAGGCAAAGAUCAAGGCGAAGCGACUUGCGGGUGCUCAACCAUGA